UCCUUUCAAGAAAAGUAGCAGUUCAGUUGAAGAGAUUAAACUCCUCACCAACUGUAGGAAACUCUCAAUCUAUCUGUGAAAUCUCUUAAUCAAUCAAAAUGAUUAUCUUCUACGAGGACAAGAACUUCCAGGGCCGCUCCUAUGAGACCAGCAAUGACUGUUCCGACAUGACCUCCUUCCUGAGCAAGUGCCACUCCUGCAGGGUGGAGAGCGGCUGCUUCAUGGUCUACGACCGCUCCAGCUACAUGGGAAACCAGUACUUUGUUAGAAGGGGCGAGUACUCUGACUACCAGCGUAUGGGCAUGAGCGAUUGCAUCAGGUCCUGCCGCAUGAUCCCCAUGCACAGAGGCCAGUUCAGGAUGAAGAUCUACGAGAACGAGAACUUCGGUGGUCAGUCCAAUGAGAUGAUGGACGACUGUGACAACAUCCAGGAUCGUUACCGCAUGUCCGACUGCCAGUCCUGCAACGUGAUGGACGGCCACUGGCUGAUGUACGAGCAGCCCCAUUACAAGGGCAAGAUGAUGUACAUGAGGCCCGGAGAGUACAGGAGCUUCAGCGAUAUGGGCAUGAGCGGCCAGAGGUUCAUGAGCAUGAAGCGUAUCAUGGAUUCCUGCUAUUGA